UAGAGCAGAAAGCGGAUGUCCUGUGUGUGUGUGUUGAUCGAGUUCGUGAGCUGCAGUACAUCAACAGGUGAGAGAGACGGCGCGCGCUCAAAGGAAACGGAGAGGUGUGAAGGCGAAAGGAUGGAAGGUGAGGAGGUGUCAGGGGAGGAGGUGUCAGGGGGUUCCGCUCCUCUCUAAGCGGAGGACAGCAGAGGGUAGCAGACCUGCGGAGGAGGAGGUCCGCUACUUUCCGGAAAAACAGUCCGUGAUUUGUUUCCGCCUGCUCGCGUUAAUGAUCGACCAGGCUUCGGUUAAUCGACGCGCCGAGCAGAGUCAUAGGAGUUGAAUCAAACACCGCGCUCAGAUCUAACGACGCUGUUAUCUUCAGUAUCCAGUCAUCAGUUACAUCGCUGUUCAUUGUUAUGAUUAAACACACAGGUCAGGUCAUACACUGUUCUUCCACCAUCCUCUCAGAGUAACACACUGAUGGUUUCAACACAUUUAUAGUUUCAUUCAAUCUCUGUCAAACCUUGUAUGACUUAUUUAUUGUGUUAUUUCAAUCACUUUCAUGUUGUAGCUCUUUCCUUAGAGUCCAGACUUUCUCCUUAAAUUAAACACUUUGGUAAUAUCAGCAGGUUUAGUCUACAAAUGAUGGGGUUGAUUUAGCCCUCUGCCCAUGGACUUCAGUUCUGUUACCAUUUUGCCACAUGAAUCUUAUUUUCGUAAUAACUUAAUUUUGUGCAUCUCCUGCCUGAUGUGCUUCGGCAGACGUGUGUGUUUCAGGUGUUUGCUGAGUCCCGUGCUGCGGAGUCCUCUGCUGUCCCCGCGGUCCUCGAUGAAGAUCCAUGAAGGUAAUUUGUGUUUCUUCUUUGUGGCGUCGCUUUAAGCAGCUGGACACGGUCACGGCUCAGCGACAUCAGCAGUGACAUAUCUGUGACGCCUGUCACAGACACUCACAGCAGUUUCCUGAGUGAUUCACUCACUCCGCUUGAAGUCUGCUCUCUGAUUGGACGGUUUCUGUCAGCGGUGACGUGACUCUGUGGCCGGUCGUUGUCACUGUGGACCCAAAGAGGCGACUGGACGUGCCUGACAGGAGAGUGUGACCGCAGACUCCGAGGUCAGGCUGAGACACGAUCCACCCACGCUGAGUCUGAGUCGAGCUGACAUCACCUGAGCUGCUGGAACAACAAUAGCAACCAGUGCAUCCUCCCCUCCUCCCCCAUCCUCCCCUCUCCCUGAGGUCACCUUGCAGCCUGAGAGCGUUCACACCAAACCUAAAACUUUGUUAGAGUCAGUCAUUGGACAUUGAAGUUUACUGAGCAUGAAGCAUCGGAUCAGUUUUCCUCACUGUGUGAAGGAAGUGUGGCAGAAGCGACAGGAACCCUGGAUCUGCUGCUGAUGUAGAGGUCCGUCCCAGGAAGCUCACAGGUAGACGUUGUCAGCUGAGUGAAACCUCUCGCUGAACGAUCGGAUCGGUGAGGACCGACAAGGCCUGUCUGUGUCAUGUUUCACUCUCAGGUUUGUCAUAGUUGCUGUGAUUUAAUAUUAAGGCGUGUUCUAAUCCCGGCUUGGAAUGUGCACGGCUCUGAAAGCUUUGAAGGUACGAAGCGUACGAGCUCUGGACUCUGAGCAGCGUGUUUGCUCUGCAGGUGGUGAAUGCCUGAAGUGUCACGUCACUUUUAAGCCAUUCUUUUCCUGCAGCACACCCGAAUCCGUCAGCCGAUCAGCUGACCGAAUCCGGCCCCGCAGCAUUCCUCGCCCACAUUUCCGAGGAUGUUAUGAGCAGGAUAAGCCGCUCCCGCCCUGCACACUCACCCAAACACGCCGCUGUGAAUCCCGUCAGCCUGCCGGGCUGCGGCACGAAAACAUCUUCCUGUUUAUUCCCACUGACACGCUGGUCAUCAGGCUGAAGCUCGGGCUGAGAAGGUGUGAACCUGCGCCGCACACCAACUCUGUGGGAUAAUAAACUGAAGUGAAAGCUUUGAGUGAGAGGCGCUUUCUGUCAGCUGUUCCUGCCCUUGUACCUGGAUGAUGUCACUGAGGAAGGACGAUGGGAUGGUGUGCGCUACGAGGUGAGUCCACCGUUCCCUCUCGGUUCCCCGGGUAUCCUGACGUCAGAGAUCAGGGCGGUCGGUUACCAGCCCGCUGACUGAACAUGGCUUUCUUGAUCCAGGCAUGAGGGCGCUCACCUGAAAGUUGGCGGAAUCUGACCAAUCACAGUUAUGUUAGGAGAAGAAUAAAGUAUAAAACCAAGACGACUCAGAGGUCAGUGUCAGCAGCUCUGCAUCAGUGUGUGUGUUAAUAAAGUUUGAAGCCUGGACAGGAAACCAUCCAUCAUUCAGGCAUUUUAUAAAAUAAAUGUCUGUAAAGUCAGUAACCGUUAGAAACGCGGCACGUGUGCGUGUGAGGGCCGAAUCGCAUGUUAAAGGUUAUGAAACAGAAACUGAACCCAAAACGAAUCGCAUCAAAGUUGUGACUGAGAAUGAACAUUUGUCACUCGGAGUCACACAGACUUCAGACCUGCUGCUGUCGACGCUCUGAGGGAUCCUUAGGAACGGGGACGUUGUUUUCCUGAGAUCUGAUUGGCUGGUGGGUGGGGAUUUCAUACCUGCUGAUCGCUAAUCUGGAGCAGGUUCGGUUCACAGCAUCAGUUUAUUUUUUUUAACCCCCUUCACAGAAACCUGGAGUUACCGGGGUUACCUGGAUCAGGUGAAGUCCUGCUAUGUGCUGCAGACCUCAGAUCUGACUCUCUGUUUCUAAACGUAUCCCCCUUACUGUCAGCCUGCUGCUCCUUGUCACCCCACCCGGCCUGCCGUGUUUGCACUGCCCUCUAGUGACGUCUGGAAGGGGGCGGGGCUAAAGCAGCUUCUUUCACACACAGGAUGAAGCAGUAUCAGAUACAGAAGGAUUAUUCUGAACUGCGAGUCAGGCAAAGCUGCUCUGUUAGAGUCUGGAUGUGCAGUUCACUCACAAUACAGGAUAAAGUCUUUAUGUUUGGGGUGGUGUUCACUUCCUGUCAGGGUCAGAGGUCAGAGAGAACCUAAAUGUAAACCCUGUUUGUUCUCAGAGAAUCUGAGUGAUCCCUGUGAGGAGGAGGAGGACCCACAGCACUUUGUCUCCUGUGAGAGGGAAACUUCAGCCUCUGCUGCCUGAAGCUCUGCUGCAUGGACCCCACCGUGUUUCAUCAACAUGUCCUCUGAUUGGUCCUUCCCUUCAGUCUGAAGAUCUGUCAGCCAAUCAGUUUCUGUCUGGGUGAGCGCCACUUCCUCUCCCCACCAGCUGCUGCAGUCACUCAGCUUACUCAGCAGCACGAGUGUGUGUGUUGUCCUGUGUGAGCCCUCCCACCUUCUUUUCCACUCCCAUCCCCCUUCCUCACACACGGCCUGUGUGUGUGAGUCAGUGGAGAAAGUUACACUCUCUGUGUGUGUGUCUGUCUGUGUGUUGUCUUUGCAGUAGACUUUGCUUCAGUGCGGCGGGGGAGAGGAGUGAGCGAGGACGCUGCAGCUGGGUGAGGAUCGGAGCUGAGGGGAUCGCAGCGUUUCGGGGUUAAAGCCGUCUCCAUCAUGGAAGUGCCCAGGAGGCUGUCCUUCCCACUGGUUCUCCCUAAACCAGCCUCGUCUGCUCGGUCUCCUCUGGGAGCUGCAGGUCAGACAGCUGGAAGCAGCAAAGAUCAAACUGGAGGGGAAAAGUUAAUCUCAGAGGAGAAGACGCCUGAGUCAGGGGUGAUUGUAGUGGUGGAGGCGCCACCUGAAGAUGGAAAAGCUGCUCGGCGAUUCUCCUCUCAGGACAGUUUCUCAGAGGAGAGCUCGUUAUCAGAGGAGAGGCUGGAAGAGGAGGCCAGAGAGGCCCAGAGGAGGGCCGAGGAGGAGGAGGCAGCAGCCAAGGAGAGGGCGGCCCAGAGGCAACAACUGGCCAUCCAAGAGCUUGUGGAGUCUGAGAGGAGCUACCUGCGCCUGCUGCAGCUCAGCACCGUGACCAUCAGGAGCAACCUGCAGCAGCAGCUACAGCCGCCUCCAGCUGGACUGGACAGCAUGUUUCUGCACAUCGAGGAGGUGAUCGAUGUAUCGAGCCGUCUCCUGAGCCUGCUGGACCAGAAGCAGCUUCAGUUUGGAGAGCCUGACUUCCCGCAGAGUCUCUGUGACUCGUUUCUCAGCCUGUCAUCAGAGAUGGAAGCCGCCUAUAAGGAGUACCUGGCGCACUACAAUCAUGUGACGGAGGUGGAGAACAGCUACAAACAGAAGGAGGCUCUGUGGAACGAGGUUGUCAGAGUCAUCAAGGCUGCGGCGCCUGACGUCAAUGCCACGUCGCUGAGCUUCUUUUUGGUGAUGCCCGUGCAGCGGAUUGCCCGCUACCCCCUGCUGCUGCAGACCAUCCAGAAGCACACCGACGCCUCCCACCCGGCCUACGCCCUGCUGGAGCAGACCGCUCACACCUCUGUUGCCUUAAACUGUCGCAUCAACGAAUACAAGCGCUUCCGGGAAGUCGCUGACAAAUACAGGAAGACGGAAAUGCUGACCAUCAAGGACAAGAUCGUCCGCCUCAACACCCACAGCAUUGCCAAGAAGACCGCCAGGCUCGGUCAGCAGAUCAAACACGAGGCCGGACUCAAACCUAAGCUGGUGGACGAGGAAUUUGAUGCCCUGGAAGGAUUCUUCUAUGUUUUGGAAAACGGCAUCCUGGAGCUGCUGGAGAACGUGGAGAUGUACCUGCAGCACCUCCAGGGCUUCCUGUCCUGCCGCACGGAGGACUUUGACUUGGACAUGGAUGGAGAAAAGGCACCGAUCUGCUACAAAGAGAUCACGACGGCGCUCCGACAGUGGAUCCUCCCGAUGUUUGAGAAGAGGAUGAGGAAGCUGAUCCACCAGCCGCUCUGCGCUCUCCGGGACCUCCUGGUGGGCCCGAGGAACCUAAUCAGGAAGAGACUCGACAAGCUGCUCGACUACGAGGUGAUCGAAGGAAAACCCAACCUGAGCUACGAGGAGCAGGCUGUGGCCAACACGUACAGGACGUUGAACACACUGCUCCUGACGGAGCUCCCUCAGUUUAACGGGCUGGCUCUGCAGAUGAUGUGGAGCACGUUGGGGACGUUCAGCUGUCUGCACAGAGAUCUCGCAGCAGACAUGGAGCAGCUGUUUCACAGCUUCGCUCAGCAGCUCCCUCACAGCAGCCUUUCUCCUGGUGCAUUCUGGGAGUGGGCAGAGUCUUCGGUGCUGGAAGGAGCGAGGAGGCUGCAGCAUUUAUGUCGAAUGGUGGAGGACAAGCUCAACGCGCCAGAUGCCCAGCCUCUCAGCCCGUCCUCUCAGCGCCGUCUGAAGCAGCUAACGGAUAAGCACGGUUCUGGAAAGAUCUUCCAGGUGAUGAGCACGGUCGUGGGCACCCGGGACCUGGACCUGAACUUGACUAAGGGCGAGCUAGUGGCAGUGAUCAGCGAGGCCGACAGCCGUGGAGACAGAAGGAGGUGGCUGGUCGAUGCAGGAGGGAAGCGAGGCUACGCUGCUGCCUCGAAACUCAUUCGCUAUCACCAGCCAACAGACGACCCGCCCCCUUCACCACACCCGAACCUGACAGAAGACGUGACCACACGCAGAAGACACUCCUACAGCCCGGCGGGCAAUGCCCCACUGCCCAUGAGUCAGCCCUGCUUUCAGGUUGUGGGCGCCUACGACUUCACUGCUAGAUCCAAACACGAAGUAUCCUUCCGGGCCGGAGAACCCGUUCGUAUCCUGGAGCCUCACGACAAACGAGGGAGCCCCGAGUGGAGCCUGGUGGAGGUCAGAGGAGGUCAGAGAGGCUACGUGCCCUCCAACUACCUGGCAAUCAUGCCCGUGGGAGCGGGGCUGCCCCCGAACCCCGGCUUCUUCCUUUAGGGAGGGAAACUGCAGCUGGUGCAGAUGAGAGGAUGGAUGGAAGAGCCUCCCGGGAUCAGCUGUUUACAGUCUCAGUGUUAAUCCUGCCACUUUAUCCAGUUUACGAAUGGAAGUGUAAAGUUUCUCCUGUGGUGUUUCCUGCUUCCACUUCCUGUGCAGCGUGCACAGGAUCGAAGCUUCAGGAGCAGCAAAUGAAGUUUACUGACUUUAGCUUUAAUAAUGAAGGUUUACUGGUCUGCAGUGAUCUCUGCACUAACAUGCACAAUCAUCCAAGAACGCUCUUCAAACAUGGCGUCUGUAACGCCAUGAAGCUCUGACGGCGUGUCACCUCAAACAGCCUGAACAUUUGGACGAUGUUCAUGUGCGGCGAGGACACAAAGCUGUUUUUAGCUUCAUUUUAAGAUGAAGGACGAUUUUCAUGGCUGCUGUACAGUGAAGCGCUCAUUUCCCAUGAACCUCAGAGUGAUGCUGCAUACAUGCAGGGUGUGAGCUCUCUCAAGCUAACUGUAACGUGUGUGUGUGUGUGUGUGUGUGUGUGUGUGUGUGUGAGAACCCUCUUCACCUGCAGCAGCGCUGACAGGUACACGGCGCUCUCAUCAUCUCAGACUGAGUAAUGUGAUGUAAAUGUGAAACGUCUCCGAGGCCGAGGAAGAACAAGACUCAGCAGGAGGAGCAGCUGGGAGAGGGGCGAAGGACAGCGGCAGUUUCUGCUUUGCCUAUGAGCGGAUUUAAAUUUCGUUGUACUUUGAUUCCAGAGUUUUACGUAGGAGUGAAAUGGGUCAGGACAGAAUAACCUCCUCCUGCAUUCACAUUCACCUGACGAUGCUUGUUGCUAUGGAUACGGCUCAGGCAGUGCGGGUCACGUCUGUGGCAUUUGCUCGGCCGGACUAAAGCUGCAGCAGCAUUUCUUGAUUCCCGCACUUUUGGGUCAGAAUCAUUUGAAAGCAUCUCUGAGCCUCCUGAUUGGCUCUUAGGUCAUAAACAGGAAGCUGAGCUCCAGUAGUUUUGCAGCUAACAACAGCUUGAAUGUUUGAGCACCACAGACUCUCUCCUGGCCUCCUCCUGUGGGGCUGAGCAGCCUCAGCUGCUGUGAGCGUGGAGCAGAGGGAGGGAGGCCGAGAGUCAGAACUGCUCAGCUGUUCCCAUCAGGCUGAAUGUCAGGAGGAGGAGGAGGAGGAUGCUUCUCUCCUAAAAUACCAGAUGUCCUCAGGGUUAGUCAGAUGGACUGAAACCUCAGCCUGAGAACAUUUACCUGAUUUCCCCUCCUCAGAGCCCGGUUUAGGAUGAGGGGAGCGGUUCAUUCCUCAGUUAUUUUGGGAAGUUUUAAUUCCACAGACGUGCAGAUGAAGCUGCAGCGUUCCUUAUGUGGAGGAAGUAGAUAUUUGAACCCAUACGCACACGGAAACCACAGAGGGAACAUUUCUGGUCAGCAUCUUCCUCGCAUGCUGUUCUCAUUUUCACCACCAGAGGGAGGCAGAGACUCGGAGCGUGUGUGCAUGAUCAGACUAACUGUGUGUGUGUAUGCGUGUUUGGUAAUCGUGGCCACAGUGUGUACUUCCUGUUUUGUUUCUGUGUGGUUUCACGAACCUGCUGCUCAGUCGGUCCUGCUGAGUCAUUCUGUUUCCUCGAUGCUGCAGAGCUGCGUGACCUCUGCUGAGCUGCCACAGUUGUGAUAUUGAACUCAGUCACACAGCAGGUGGGAGGCUGAGCAGCAGCAGAGAGUGUGGCUUCAAUAAAACUAAACUCAAAACUUUUUUGUGGCAUUGCAUCAUUUCAUAAUCAGAUGUUAGUUGUGAGAAGAAGCACCUGAAUAUUUGUGAUGAUUUACGAAGCUGUGGGGUCCACACCCACUCAGCCCCUUUUACAGUUAAACAUCUGGAGACACAGCUGUUCUUGUUCAUGCAUCAUCACCAUCAGUGUGCACGUUUGCACACAGCCUACAAGUUUUCGCCAUCUACUGAAUAACAAGCUGAAAGAGGAAGCUGCAGUUCCUCUGGUGUCCAGCAGAGGCAGCAG